UGUUGUUAUUCGGUAAUAAUAAUUUAAUGCGGGUAUUUGCUAAGUCGAUGAAUAAAUAAAAACACUACCUUAGCUGCAUAGCUGCAGCUGGACACAAUUAAAGCUACGGAAAAACAUCCGGAAGAGCAAACCGUGUGCUGUGGAAAAAGGUUAAUUAGAAAUUGAAAGUUAUCGGGGUAAAAGUGUGUGUUGAAAAUUAAUCGUUCAGAAGUGAAAAAUAAUUUGCAUACGUUUCAUAGCAGCCAAGUUAUAAAGAAUUAUUGUAUAUCUGUAUAAUUUGAAUUCCCCCGAAAUAUCUGUUUAUUUAACUAAAGAGUUAUAUCUUCACAUAAUUUAUGGCGAAUUUGCAAAUUCCUUAUAAUACAAAAUAUUUUGUCAAAUUUACGUUGUAACAUCCGAGUUACAGCCAUCGAGCUAUUACAAAUAAUAGCAAUCUCCAAAGUUCCAAAAUAACGGAGGCAAAAGGUGACUAAACCGUGAGAUACCUGAAAAUAUGCGCUUCAAUAAGCAUGGUUUAGCGACAUUAGCCACAAACCCUACAGUAAAAUUUGAAAAGGAAGGACUUUUGAUAAUAACAGAACGUCAAGAGGGGUUUUUUCGUCGUGCAGAUGUAAAUUACCCGCGUUGGUGUAAGUUACGAGGUAAUUUGUUAUUCUACCUAAAGGAUCACGAUGCUCAGUCACCACCAGCUGGUUUACUCGUGCUUGAAAACUGUCGACCAUUGAUACGAAAUGAAGAGCGCGAAUUUGACGGUUUCGCAUUCAUUUUAGAAUUCGAAGGCAGUCAGCCGCAACGAAUCUCAACACGUACGGCCAAAGAGCGCUUGGAGUGGGUGAAGUGCAUUCAGUUAGCCUCCUAUGCCUAUUUAGAUCGGCAAAUUAAAUAUUUACAAGAUCAAAUUACUAAUAAAAUGGGCAAUCGCAUCGAGAGUGGUGUGUCACCGGCGGGUACAUUUACAUCAGCCACCGAUGCAUUACUUUUGAAUGCAGCAACCAAUGGUGGAGGCAGUGCUGCAGUGCCAAAAACAAAGAGUUCAGCAUCGAUCAAAGUGGAAGAAGACCUCAGCGAAAUACCAAUUUGUGAGUCUGCCUUAUCCUGUGAUAGUCUGCCGUGUGGCGAUCACGGACGACGGCCGAAUACACGCGUCGUCUGUUCAUUACUUUCGCUUGGUAAUACAUGGCGUGAUUUUGCGCGUACCGAAGUCGUCGAACGCUCUGCGAAUCCGCAAUUCUUGUGCACUAUGCGAUUUAAACGAAGUGAUGGCUUCUCAGCAGACACACUGUUGCGUUUUACAGUCUAUGAUGUACGCGAACGCUUGUCACUCACCGCUGUGCCACUUGCCUACGCUGAAGUGGCUUUAGGUGUCAUACAAGAUGCUACUCGCUUCCGUAUUCCACUGCGUGCGUUGGACGGUGAGGGUGGCUUUAUAACGAUCGCCUCAUGGGCUCCGGAGACAGAUCGACAAUCGCCACCCCGUUCCACUACGCAGGUGUUUGAAGAGCACACGAAAGGCCAUCGACGUUCGCAAUCUCUGCCACCUAAAUUGGGUGUGAAACUAUUUGUACCUUUUCAAGGCCUUCUGCAAUUAGUAUUCGCAAAUCCUUUGAUUCACACAUAUCGUUUACACUCAGGUAUGGGAGGCGACAUCAGUGUUCACGAAACACUGCUCGAAAGCAAAUACAGCUUUACAAUACCUCAACAAUUACUCUCUAUAUGGAUAUUGCGUGAAAAGGAAUUGUUACAAGAAAUCUCUGGUAUGGGUGAAUUAGGUGGCGAAUGGCGACAACGCCAAAUGGAUUUACUUGAUAAACAUCUAAAAUUACUGAAAGAUUAUUCGCAGGCGAAACAAAAUCUACAGCAGAUUACCAAGGAGGAAGGUCCGUAUUUCAAACGUUCUUCCGUAAAGACUGAUGAAUCGCUUGAAUUUAUACCAGUCAAUUUGCAUUUGCAACGAAUGUGGGCACAGAAUGACACCUUGAAUCGGUCUGGUAUUCUGGACAUUAUAACGGUUGGUGCAUUUACACGUCAUGCUGGCAAAGGUCGUACUGGAGGGCUUAUAAAGUUAUUACAAGAAACCAAAGAUUCACCAUCGAAAUUCGAACAAGGCAAUGCAUGCAAAGUGCAAGCCGCCAACGAUGCCGUACAGGCUAUAAAGCAGCUACGUAAGGAGAUCGUUGAAAUAAUGUCACAACUACUGUCACUUGCCAAGAGUAAAAACCCAAAAGGAAUGAUGCCUUUGUGCAAUGAGAUGAUUACGAAAACCAAAACCUUACUGAAUAUAUGGGAACCAAGCUUGGUGGAGGAGGCUUUCGCAUUUGUUGAACAGCACCGCAUCAUUGAGGAACCUGACAACGUAUUGAUGCCCAUGUCACCAUUUCGAAAAAUCACUCAACAACUCUGCGCUCUGGACUUGAAAUCUCCUGAACUGGAAGAUUUUGCGACACCUAUUGUCGCUCCACCAGACCUCUGGCCUCGCACUAAGACCCCCACAGGUUUCGCCGGCUGUGCGGGUCGCCCAUUAGUUCGCUCCAAUAGCCUUUGUCUACGGCCGUCACCCUCGACGAUGGACAUAAAUGCCAUACAUGCACUACAUCGCACCGUAAAAAGUUACAACGAACAAUUACGCAAUCGGGCGGCAAUCAAAAACAUUACAACUGGUGUUGAAAGCGAAGCAGAAGCGGAAGCUACAUUCCAAUCUUUACCAGUACAUUUGAAUGACCCCACAACCGAUAUUACAUUUACUGAAAGCCAUUUUAGCACUGCAGAUGGUAUAAAUGCGAACAUCGGCAAUGAUGUUUCAACGCUUCAAUUAAUUGACCUGGACGAGGUUGAUAUGGGGCAGUUGAAUAACGGAAGUCAAAUUCCCUCUUCGCAUACAUCUGUGCCAAGAAAUUUCGAUACACAAUACGCAACGCACAUAGAUUCUGAGUUAGAUUUAGAUUACAAUGCUACCGCACAGCAACAUGGCAGUUUUCUCGAUACAAAAAUUAUGAGUUCUUCGCCAUCUGCUAAUUACUAUCGACCCACAGAAGAGCCCGAGCCACUCGAUUUAACGCAAUUAAACAUUGAGGCAAGUGUUAUGUGUCUCGUGAGUAAAAUUAAGUUUCUCUGUGGACGUUGUGGUAGUCCAGCAAUACGUCUGCGACAUCCAAAGCCUAAUAUGAAGCGAACGGGAUUCCAACACUCUCCCGCACCGCCAGAUCUUGUAGCUAGUCAAAAUAAGAUAGCAGAAAUCGAAGAUAUUGGCAUGGUUUCAGAAGCUACUGAUGAGCAGGCGGGGGUUACCAGUGGUAAUGGGCUGAAUUUAGACCUCACACAAAAUGUUGAAGCGCUGGAGCAAAUCAAAGAACAAGAUCAUCCAUCUGUGACCAAUAUAGAAGGUAUCACGCCACCUAAAAAAGGAAACAAAUUCACGGAUGGCCUCGACUUAUCGCUUACCACAGAUUGGGCUUCCGAGUUGCGCCCCUCGAUGCGAAAAUUGCGACAUGCCAUGGAUGGUUUGCUGAAAACAGCUCGUCUAAUGCAUUCCGUGCAACGUCUACAGCAGGAUAUGAAACGCAACAGUAUAAAUUUAGAAAUUAUGUAUCGGCGUGAUGUGUGUUUUUCACAAGCGUUGACAGCUCUCAUCGCUGCACUAAUGGCCAAACUAUGGGGCACUGAGAUAACCGAAAACUUUAUCAAGAUACUCAGGGAUUUAGGACCACUAGCAUACUUCGAAGGUUUGCUUUCGUUGUAUGGCAACGAAACGGAUAUGUGGGGCGAUAUGUGCAUCGCUAUUGAGGAUCUUUCUGCAGUGAAUUUUACGCUAAUGCGCAGUAAUACACAAUGCGAUGUGCACUCGCCGAUGCCGAUGCCACGAGUCACCGGUUCGAGGCAAUCAUUGAAUGUUUUGCUACCCGUGCCAGAGCAUGUGUAUGCUGUGAUGCCAACGCAAGAGACGAUCACCUUCAAAUUAACACCGGUGUUCUUCAAUAUCGGCAUAAAUGAAAAAGCAACAUUAGCCGAAACAUUGGGACAAACACGUGAACAACAUCGUUCGAAUUGGGACAAUUUUGUGCGUCUAAAACAGUAUUAUAGUCGUUACCGGAAGUUGCAACUCGUUACGCCAGAUACGCCAAGCAAGCAUGAAGCCCAUCCCCCGGCAACGCAAGCACUCACUAACAUACUCAAUUUUAUGGAGGAUCAGUUGCGUUCAAAUGUAUCAAAGAAUGUGAAAAUUUUGCAUUUAGCCGAAGAUGCGUGUCGUCUAAUGUCUGGCUUGCGUUUUACCUCAUGUAAAAGUGCCAAAGACCGUACUGGCAUGUCGGUGACACUGGAACAGUGUCGAGUGCUCGUGCAAGAGUUUAAUUUGCCAGCCAAAAGUGUUCCCUAUGUUCUAAGCACUAUGCGCAGCGAUGGAACACGUAUGGAUAAUGUCUUUAAAAAUAUUGAUAAGCGCAAAUAUGCGUUCAAUCUGCCACAGGUUUUUUCAUUACCAGCAAUGUAUCGACCACCAGCUGGUUCCUACGGCAAGGCAGAGACCUAAACGCAUAAAAAACAUUUUAAAUACUUGAGAAAGCAAAAAGUAGUAUCAAAGUCACUAAAAUAGGCAGCAAAUUGUAAUAUCAGCAUAUAUAUAUUAGAAUUCACAUAUUUAAGUAAGAGCCUUUAUUAACCUCAUAUGUUAGAAUUUGAUAGACGUGAUAAAAAUUUAUCAAAAGAAAAGGAGCCUCAAAUGAAAAAAUAUAUUUAAUUGUUAAAUUAUUAUGAUAAAAAUUCAUAACAAUACGCACAUUUUUCAAUAUAAUUUAGUUUUAAGCUAAGUUGAUAGGUAUGAAAGCAUAUUGGGUAUACCAUUUAACUUACUACUUUUUGUCUCAGAGAUAAGUAUUGUUUGAAAGUUCGUUAAAAGUUAUUUUAAUAUGGUUUCUAUAAUUUUUAUGACAAAAGUAUAAAAAACUGUAAAAUAUCGUCUUAAGUAGUGGGAUUCUCAUCGGCUUUUUAAUUCGUUACGUUAUUCGUUAGCGAUAAGAGGAUAUAUUUCACGUCACCAAUCUGGCAAGCUUAAUAUUUCUGUAAGUUUUUGGCGCGUCAAUCAGCUGUUUGAAAUUAUUUUAAUUUGCAAUUUAUUUGCAUCGUGGAAUUUAAGAGUAUUUAUUUUAACAAAAUUUUACCAUCAUUAAGUGAAGAAUAAAAAAAUGGCGGUUAUAAUAGAGUUAUAAGACUAA